AUGCCGAGUUCGGUGCAGAUCACCUUUGAAGAGGGUCCUCAGUUACCGCCGGCCGCAAAUAUAAGUCGUGUGACGUGCGAGGGACAGUCAGACCGCAGCAUGGUGCUAUACUGCCAGCUGUCAGCUGAAGCUGUGAAAUUCCCCGUCUCUGUUACGCAGCAGUCCCCAGUUGCGGUUUCUGUGGACACCUAUCGUGUCACUUUGGCUGUGCUGCAGGCUCAGGUGGAGAUCCGCUUGGAGGAGAUACAGAACGAAGGUCUGCUGGUGUCGUGGACGUUCAAGGACAGACCAGACUUGAACCUUUCGGUUCUUCCGAGACUUCAGCUCCGUGAGAAGAAUGAAGGGAGAGUGGAUCUGUCCACCAUAAAGGAUCUGAUCGAGGAUACCAUUGUCAGCACGCAGCCGGCCAUGAUGGUGAAUCUGAAGGCCUGCACGGCUGGAGCCGGUGCGAUACCUGGCAAUAAGGUGACUCGAGAGUCCCCGUCUAGAGUAGCAGCGGCCCCUCUGGGUUCUAAGCUGUUGCUCCGGAAUCUUCGAGUGCUGAACUUGGGCUGCCAGGGGAAGGGAGGAGUCGGGGAGAUAUGCUGCGUGGCGGAGCUGGACAGCCCCCCGCAGCAGAAGCGGACGAGACCAGUGACGGCUGGCGGAAUGGAGUGGAACGAGGAGCUCUUUCUGGAAUUGGGACCUAGCAGUAAAGAGCUGAAGCUACGGGUGUUGGGCAACGGUGACGGAGGGGCAAACGUGCUGCUGGCACACGCCACGCUUUUGCUUGACUCUUUGGGCAAACGGCCGUCUGGGAGACAGGUCUGCUCGCUGGCCCCAGGAGCUGGGCAGUCACUGGCGGCUGAAGCUACCGUUAUGUUGGAGCUGCAAUUCCAGGAGUCUUCCGCAUCUUUGAAUGCUCAGCACGCCACAUCUCUGCGAACCAGCAUCACCCCCACUAAGAAGGUGGAGAUGGACCGCACCAUCAUGCCUGAUGGCACCAUCGUGACUACUGUCACCACGAUUCAGUCCCGGCCCAAGGCGGACUGCAAACUGGACUCGCCAUCGAGGUCGCCUUCCAAGGUGGAAGUGACUGAAAAGAAGACAACGGUGCUUUUGGAGAGCGGCUGGCCUCGCGCAUCGGUAUCUUUCUCAUGCUCAGGGGAUAGCCUCGUGCCCAACGGCUUGGAUCCGGUGGCAGAGACAGCGAUACGGCAGCUGACGGAGACGAAUAACAAGCCCGCCAAGAAGACCCCAACCAAGCGUAGCACGCUGAUCAUCUCGGGAGUUUCCAAGGUACCUAUCGGUCAAGAUGAAAUGGCACUUUCUCUGGGUUACGCCGCAUCCCUGGAGGCUAUGGCGUACAGCGAUCCCGCGGCAGAGGGCGCCGUGGACCAGAUGCGCGAUUCUGCCGAAUCGUCGCGGACGCUGGAAGCGUCGCCGUCGGGACAAAAGGCUGGUCAGGAGCUGGAUGAGACGACGCGAUCGGACAUCUCUGAGAGACCGUCGGUGGAAGAUGUUGAGUCUGAAAUGGGCUCCACGGGAGCCCUCGAGACCAGGAGCUUGAAAGAUCAUAAAGUUAGCUUUCUUCGGAGUGGUACCAAGCUCAUCUUCCGGAGAAGGAGCAAGCAGAAGGAAGUGGGCCUGAGCCAGUCGCACGAUGACUUGUCCAACGUCGCCGCCACCUCUGCCACCAGGAAGAAAGCCGGCAGCUUCUCCCGCCGCCUCAUCAAGCGCUUCUCGUUCAAGUCUAAACCCAAACCCAAAGCUAGUGAUGACAUGACAGCAGGUGAGAACUAA